AUGCAUGACUUUCGAGAGGUUUUCCGAUGUAACGUCGAAAAACGGAUUCGCUCCCUGCCAGAUAUUGAAGGCCUUUCCAAAGAUACUGUACUGAGCUCUUGGAUGACAAAAUUCGACACAAUCACCAAGGGAGACGAAGAAACGCAAGGACGUACUGCAAGAGGUCGAGCCCGGAAUGCGCCCGCCCAACCGAACGCCGAUGUUAUACUCGGUAAAGAGCAGCUGUACGAUAUGUUUCAACAAGUGCUUGGUGUGAAAAAAUUCGAACAUCAAAUCAUUUUCAACGCACUUCAGCUUGACAACCCCGAUGAACAAGCGGCAGCGAUUCGACGUGAGGUCGCAACGAGAGAAGAUGCCUGUCGAGAGAUUCAUAAGUUUGUUGUGAAAGAUAUGGAAACGUUGUUUAUGGAUGAAGUUCGACAGUCGAUCAAUUUAUUGAUUUCCAAUUUGGAAUCGUCGGUACCGGUAACACCUCGAGGGCAAGCGGUUGGAAAACGGAAAGACAAGUCACGAUCGCGAAGCAUAGAGGAUCUCUCACUGUUCAAC